UUGAUUGAUCAAAAGACUAGUACGUAUAAUAUGGCCAAGGUAUACAACUUGGUCUCGGGAAUUCUGGGACUAAAAAAUCGCAUGCAUUCGCUAACAAUAAUUCUAGUUGCCACCUUCAUUGUUCUUAUAGUUUAUAUGGAAGGCAAAAGUACAUGGAUUGUCUUUGAAGAGAUUCUUACCACUUCCACCAUGACAUUAAAGGAUUACAGCGAAUCAGUAUCGUUGACGUCAAGUUGUGAUCUCUUUUCGGGUAAGUGGGUAUACGAUAACUCAACAUAUCCUUUGUACUCUGAGAAACAGUGCUCGUUCAUGUUUGAUGAGGUUGCAUGUGAGAAGUUUGGAAGAAAGGAUUUAAGCUAUCAGAAUUGGAGAUGGCAACCAAACCAGUGUGACCUACCAAGGUUCAAUGCCAAGGCAUUACUGGAGAGAUUGAGAGGGAAAAGGAUGGUUUACGUUGGAGAUUCACUUAACAGAAAUCAAUGGUUAUCCAUCGUUUGUCUGGUGGAAUCUGUAAUCCCAUCAGCACUCAAGUCUGUGCACGACACCGGUUCUCUCAGAAUCUUUAAUGCCAUUGAAUAUAAUGCAACCAUUGAGUUUUAUUGGGCACCAUUGCUGGUCGAAUCGAAUUCGGACGAUCCGGCGACUCAUCGCUGGCCUGAACGAAUUGUAAGAGCCCAAGGGAUCGAGAAACACGCGAUUCAUUGGAUGGAUGCCGACAUACUUGUCUUCAAUUCCUAUCUUUGGUGGAGAUCGAGACCCAAAAUGAAAGUCUUAUGGGGCUCUUUUGAACAUCCAAAUGAAGGAACGUACAAAGAGGUAGAAAUGCUACGCAGCUAUGAAAUGUCUCUGAAAACAUGGUCUGAUUGGCUUGAGAUUCAUGUCAACCAUACCAAGACGGAGCUGUUUUUUGUCAGCAUGUCGCCUACACACUCCUGGGCAGAGGAAUGGAGCAUGAACAAAGAAGGUAACUGCUACAACCAAACAAAGCCGAUUUCGCGAAAAAAUUACAAGGGUAGAGAUUCGGAUCCUGAAAUGAUGAACGUCCUUGAGAAAACAGUUGACGAGUUGAAAGUUAGAGGUGUUAACGUGAAGAUACUUAACAUAACACAACUAUCAGAAUACAGAAAAGAAGGCCAUCCAUCUACGCAUAGAAAACAAUGGGUUCCUUUAACUCAAGAGCAAAUAUCAAACCCUACAAGUUAUUCUGAUUGUAUCCAUUGGUGCCUCCCUGGAAUUCCUGAUACUUGGAAUGAGCUCCUUUAUGCUUACAUUUUUUCCUAGUGGAAACAUUUUUGUGAAAAAUGUUGUAGAUCUAAGACUAUUUCUCUUCAAAUUAAAGAAGAUAAAUUUUCAA